CCUGCCGCUAAGCCUCCCGGUGACCCGCUUGGUGCCGGGGCUGCCUCCGGGAGGCUCCUCCCCGCUCCUCGCAAAGUUUGGGGCCGGCUCUGCCGGCCUACCCCGGCCUCGCCCCGGGGCCGGGCAGCACGCUGAGGCCGGCGGCUCCAUGAGCCCGGCUGCCGGGGCAGCGCCGCGGCGCCAUGGGGAACGGCAGCGCCCCGGGGAACGGCAGCGAGCCCCCGCCGCCGCCUCCGGGAGGCCACAACGUCGCCGCCCUGGUGCUGGGCAUCGUCCUCAUUCUCCUCAUCGUCGGCGGCAACGGGCUGGUGUGCCUCAGCGUCUGCACCGAGCGGGCGCUCAAGACCACCACCAACUACUUCAUCGUCAGCCUCGCCGUCGCCGACCUGCUGCUGGCCCUCCUCGUCCUGCCCCUCUUCGUGUACUCCGAGUUCCAGGGAGGCGUGUGGUCCCUCAGCACUGUGCUGUGCGAUGCCCUGAUGACCAUGGACGUGAUGCUGUGCACGGCCUCCAUCUUCAACCUCUGUGCUAUCAGUGUGGAUCGGUUUAUUGCUGUUUCAGUCCCGCUGAACUACAACCGGCGACAAAUCGACUUGCGGCAGUUGAUCCUCAUCUCCACCACCUGGAUAUUCGCCUUUGCUGUGGCAUCCCCAGUCAUAUUUGGCCUCAACAACGUUCCAAACCGGGACCCCAGCUUGUGCCAGCUGGAGGAUGACAACUACAUUGUGUACUCCUCCAUCUGCUCCUUCUUCAUCCCUUGCCCCGUCAUGCUGGUGCUCUACUGCGCCAUGUUCCAGGGACUCAAGCGCUGGGAAGAAGCCAGGAAGGCCAAGCUACGGGGCGGCAUCUACGGGGGCAACAGAAAGCUCUAUCACCCCUCGCCCUUUAUCGAGAGGGAGCAGGCUGGACUGGAGCCAGACGAGUGCAACCCUUACGCUCACUCUGACCACCCCCUGCCUGGGGACUAUGUGAUGAACAAUGGGGUCCAGACUGUCUCCUACCCGCACCUCCAGUACCCACCCCCAGGACACAGUCGGAAGCGGGCCAAGAUCAAUGGUCGGGAGCGGAAGGCCAUGCGGGUGCUGCCUGUCGUCGUCGGUGCUUUCCUCUUCUGCUGGACGCCUUUUUUUGUGGUCCACAUUACAAGGGCUCUCUGCAAGUCCUGCACCAUUCCCACUCAAGUCACCAGCACUGUCACUUGGCUGGGUUACGUCAACAGUGCUGUCAACCCCAUCAUUUAUACUGUUUUCAACGCCGAGUUCAGGAACUUCUUCCGCAAAGUCUUGCACCUAUUCUGCUGAGCCCACUGGAACUGGGAGAAGGAGCGACCAGGACUUUUUGUAUAGUUCAUUAAAGAUCUAUUUCUGCCUAUGGUUUGCUGUCUUUGUUGGGGAGGAGGGAAGGAGGAGCGAUGGCAGCUAUAGGAUGGUGGUUCCCAGCCCUCUGUGUCCCCUACAAGGAGUUACAGGUAAGUACCAAUGGAUACAGCUUGGAUAUUCUCCACUGGCAACUGCAGGUGUAGCCACAUUUUUAACACUUGGUGUUUGACAUAAGCAGCAAGAGACACCACAAGACAGCAUGGCUGGUUCUCAGAAAAGCUCUUGCUUUGGAUUUAUCUGUCUGGGCUCCUCUUAGCUGUCACUAAACAAAAUCACACCACCCACCACCCCCAGACAUGCUCCAGGCACACAGGAGAACUUUGAAGCUUGCAGCUGCUCUGGCCUCGAGACUCAAAAGACAUUCACUACCUCACCCCUGCAUGGGGGACGUCCCACCAGCUGCCAUCUCAAGGUGUUCCACUGAGGGCACCAGCCUGCCCUUACUGCAUCCCAUCUCCACGGAGGCCGUGUGAUUUAAACUGUGAGGAUAAGCCAGGCUCAUGUCCGCAGACACAACUGCUGCGGCAGCUCUGAACUGGGCUGUGAGGUAACGUGGGCAGGAGCCUGUGGGGAGGAAAAACAAAGCUAAGCUGUUUUCCUAGAUGGUCACCUGCCAGAUGAGGGUGUAUAUACCUGUGUAACCUCCUUUCCCCCUACCCCUAAUAAUUUUAAAUACAAAGACUGGUUUGACUCAUGUUGGACAAGAAGAAAUUAAGGUCCUACAAAAACCGGCCUCUGCCCAAUAGCGCUAACACCCACAGGGCAGUAAGGCUGGCCCUGGCUAAGAAAUGCCAAAAUUUGGUCAGGACCUGAAGAAAUCAACUGGUCAAUGUGUCAUCUAGGUAAACACCGUGAGGUAGCACUUUGUGAUCCCACAGCUCUAAGUGCAGCAGGGAGUUGUGCAGACAGCUCCCGUCUCCAGCGGCCUUUCCUACCACACGAGGAAGAGGAGCAUCGCAUCGCUCAUCCCUCCCAGCAGGCAGCAGCACUGGGCUGGUGAGUCCUGACCACGACUGACAGCUCCCAGCUGCCAGCUCACCACCAGCUCACAAAACAACGUUCUUGCCUUGCUUGUCAUCCUAUUUUCCCCGCUUGGACAUGGUGACUGUUUGCACUCUGGCUGCUGGAGCAGAACAUGCAAAAGUCUGAACAGGGAGAAGAAUCUUAAGUUUCCUGGAAGAGUGCAUGCGGCUGCCUGGUAUUAAUUUUAGAUUUACACAUCCAAAGGCACAAUGAUGCUAUUGCUGUUACUCACCAGGAAUUAUCCAGAAUUUCUUACUGAGCUGAACGAUACCUGCCAGGAACCAUUUCCAGCCCGCUGAAAACUCUUUUAUCCCUUUUGGUAAACCUGAGCACAGUGACACCAAGGGUAGCCAGAGGGAGUAGGCAAUGCCGCUCUCUGAGGCGCAGGAGGAAAAAAAAUUAUCGCACAAAACAACAAUCUUCUGACUAAUGAUUUUUGUAUAGGGUUCUUGCUUUCUAAGGGGUAAUUUGUUUGCUUAGAAAUAAAAGGAGGAAAGUACUGCUGGGAGGUCUUGAGAUUUUCUUUUGACUAAGGAUAACAAUUGCUCAAUGAAUUUAUCAUCAACAAGCAAACACAUUAAAUUCCCACAAUGAUUAUACUGUAAAUUUUCAAGUUCCAUGGUUUGCAUCACUAUGUUGGGGCCAGCUGCCCCAAAUGCCAGGGCCCUGAUGAGAAGCUCCCCAAGAGCUUUAAUUCCACGAGUCAUACCUACAAAUUUUUCAUUUAGGAAUGUUACCUCACUCACUCUCUUCAGAAUUGUUUUUUCCUUAAUGAAACGAUGCAGUAGAAACAAUUCAGACAAUAACCAAAGGAUCGGAUAUACUCAUCCAUAAGCUAUUUAAUGACGAUAGUGGAGAACUUUAGGUGUGUUGCUGCUACAAAUUGCUCCUCAGUUACCUACACAAACAGGAGACGUAGUAAGCAUGUAUACAUUACAGCUGUGCUCACUUCUUUAAGUUGCUCUAAUUGUCUUUGAAGCAACGCAGAGCUCUACUUCUCAGACCAGCAGUACUCUAUAGGGGUGUUUCUCUGUGGAGAAUGCAAGGUGAGCCAAAGGAGUGAAGCAACAAAAAUAAUCAUUUCCCAACUGAAAGGUGAGUUUGACAUUCAAAAGCGCAGCUUUAACACACCAGAAUUGCCACUUUAGAGCCAACCUCCACUGCAUUCUAAUGCGAGACGCUGUCAUCUCGCCCUUAUUUAUUUUGGGAGUGAAUUGAUCCACAGAUUCACUAGAUUGUGACUUUGCAGCCUUCUCUGAGAAAAGCACCUCUGCUCAAAGAUGCCAGCGCAGAGGGGAGUUCAGACUGAAGAAAAGAGCCCACUGCUGGCAAUCCUUCCUUCUCAGUGCUGGCCAGCUCAGCGACUGGCUCAUGGAUCGGGUGAGCACACAGACCCUCACUGACGCACCUCUGUGCUGAGAGCUUUGCACGUACCCAAAGAUGCUGCUGAGGCAGAUUGCUGAAAACAAACUGGUACUUUAUCCACACAGCAGCGUGAGGUGUUCGACAUACUGCACUGUUUGAUUUAGUCAGAACCUUAAUGGGCAAUAGAUGGAGGCAAGAAACGCUGUAAAUUAGUUGUAUUUGCUGUGGGUUCAAUUAAGACUCUCUUUUCCAUUAACUAAAUCUCUUAAAGAUUUAGAAAACAAGCAAUCAUCAUGUAACUGUGAGAAGAAACUAUAAAUACUGAAGUAUUACUUCGGGGAUGCAGAAUUAUGUUGCUUGCUAUGGGAUUCUAAGGAAUUGCCUAUUCUUUCCUUCCCUAGAGUUUCACAUGUCUGUUCUCAGCCUGCUUCAGUUUGUGCUUGGCUUUCCACUAGAGAAUGAUUUCCUUCAGAGGAGGCAGGCAUGCUGCUAACUUCCUUCGGCUAAUGCCAGUUCCUUACUCUCACUGGGCUGUGGCCCCUCCUUUCACAGGCACUGCCUCCCUUGCCCAUUAAGCUCUGCAUUACCAGGAAUAACCUUGCCAGGACACAGCCAGAAAGCAACAUCAAUCAAGUGCCACCAACCUGUGCUGGAGAUCUGCCAUCCUCCCUCUGCGGACAGGUCUCAUCGGCUGCUUCUCAACAGCUGGUGCUGCAAGCAAAACCCUGCCAACAGGUGUUUCCAAAGAGAGGCCUCAACAGCACAGCAAACUGCUGUGUGAGGUGAUCCACCACUCUGCAUCUCCUUGUAACGCAUGGCGUGUGAUGUGUCAAGACCUUUAAGAUUAACUGUGGAAGCAAUGGACUUGUUAGAAACCGCCAGUGUAAAACAAGUAUUUUUCCAUUGCAUUUUUCUCUAUUACUACUUUGGUGACCCCUCUUAUAGUAUAAGCUACACAAUAAUCUUCCUUCCCCAACAAUACUAAUUUGCAGUGAAUAAUAACACAGGACAAGUAGCCCCUCACAGCUGUCAUGCCUGAGGCUAAAAAAAAGAACCUAAGCAGACGUGUGUGUGUUUACUGGGCCUCCUCCAGUCUGGUACAUUAAUCUUCAAUCAGGAAUAAAGGUGCCUUAUUAGCCUAAAUUAUUAAAGUAGUACAUUAUUAAUUAAAGGAUUUUGUUGUAGUGAUUGAAGCCAAUUAUUUCUUAAUGCUCACCACUUCUUUAAUUAGAAGCUGCUAAACAGCAAUGAGAGGCCAGCGCUCACUCUAUUUAUCUACUCUUACUUUGGGUUUGAUCAGAUCUGAUUUUGGCCAGCCAGCCUCUGCAAGCUCCAGCCAAGGCAUGCCAACACGAUGAAACUGCUCUUCCCCUGCUGACCAAACCACAUCCACGCCAUCAUCCUGCAGAGACAAAGAGUGAACACACGUGUGUGUAACUGCACCGACUCCUGACAGCCACACCUGCUCACAUGCUACAUUUACUAGCACAUUAAAGUGCUGCCAUGGGAAUUAAACAGUACCGCUGGGCACACUCAUGCUUUCAUUGCAUUUUAUUUAACAACAUGUUAUUUUUCACUCGUAUUCAAGUGCAGAAGCUCCAAUGUGUUCCAAAUUUGCCCAGCACAGAGGGAACACGGGAAAAAAAAAGUCCUUCCAAAGGCAAAUUAAGAGUUUGUACUUUUUCAAGGCAAUUAAAUAAACCGAAUGAAGGAUCAUUCCUUUUUUUCAAACAAGAGGUAGGGAGGCACAGGGGAAACAAAAUACUGGCAAAUCUCAUUGCAGCAAUUGUUUUAAAUCCAUCUCAAGAGAGAUGAA